AGUAUUUUCUUAUGGCAACUCAUGAAUAUCACAAAUUCCUUCAAUUUUCAUGUAAAAUCUAAUCUCUCGAAUCCCUCUGAUCUUUUUAUCAGCUUUUAUUCACUUUUUAUUCCAUCCACAGAAUCCGCGCCCAAAAAGAUCGCAAACAAACAUAACCUUAAAGUUUGUUGACAUCGUCAGCUGAGGGCGUUUUGUGUACCAAAUUUUCGCUCAGUAAAAAACCCGAUAAUUAACAGUGAAAACAAAUACCAUUCAUGGAGAAAGAUACGGAAAAGGUCGUGUGUAUAAAUUGCGGCCACCCAGUGCCAGAAUUAUACCGAAAAUACGGUGAAAGCGUGAUAAAGAUGACUUGCUGCGCAAAUUGCCAUCAAGUAGCCGAUAAAUACAUUGAGUUCGAACCUGUUGUGAUCCUGGUUGAUGUGGUUUUACUGACGAAGAGCGCCUACAGGCAUAUUCUCUUCAAUGGACACUUCAAGAACUUCUGGAAGCUCUUCAUCAUUCUGAGUCUCAUGGAGUCCUACAUGAAGUGGAUGAUCCUCCCGGAAAGUGACACUGAUCAGGAGUCUGAAAAGAACUUCUACAUUAGCGGCUUUUGGGUGAUCAUGGAGAAUCUGGUGUUCUACUGUAGCAUGCGAGGAUCUGUCUUCCUCCUGGAGAGUGUGCUAAAGAGAGAGGCCCACAAGGUGGCAGGGAGACCAGAGAAGCUGUCUCUGGUGCUGUGGAAGAGCAUCAUCCUGGCGAGUCUGGGAAAGUUCCUCUUCGUGCCAAUUGUCAUCUGGCAGGACAACUCGUCCGCCUUCGCCUUGCAGAUACACUCAAUGCUGGUGAUGGGCUACUUUUUAUUGUCACUCAUCUGUUCAUGCUCAGGUAAACACGGCACAAUGUUUUGGGUGGCAAAACAACAAUGAAUAUUUCCUCU